UUAAACAAAAACGGUGGCGUUUCGUGAAUCGUAAAGUUCUCUCCUUUAGGUCUUUCAUCUCUCUCUGUCUCGUCACGGCGACUCACUGUGGAGUUUGGAUAUUCAGACAAAAUCUCGAAGCUUUCACGACAAAGCUUUCAAAUUUGGUCAUCAUGACGGAGUAUAAGGAGGAACAGGAGAUGGAGAUUGAAGCUCUUGAAUCUAUACUUGCCGAUGACUUCAAAGAGAUUCACACUGGCGAAAGUGGGCUUAACACUUCGAAUCGAUGCUUUCAGAUUACAGUCACUCCUCAGGAUGAUGAUCUAGAUGAGUCAUCAUCAAUCCCACCAGUUCAGCUUGGUUUGGUUUUCUCGCACACAGAGAAUUACCCAGAUGAGGCACCUCUCUUGGAUGUUAAAAGUAUUAGAGGAAUCCAUGUUGGUGACCUCACCAUCUUAAAAGAGAAGCUUGAACAAGAGGCGACUGAAAAUCUUGGUAUGGCAAUGAUGUAUACAUUGGUCUCAUCAGCAAAGGACUGGUUGUCUGAACAUUAUGGGCAAGAUGAUGGGGCUGACUAUGCUGAGGAAGAAGCCGCCAAAGAGGAUGAGGUAAUUGUUCCUCAUGGAGAACCUGUUACUCUGGAGACAUUUGUGGCAUGGAGAGAGAGAUAUGAGGCAGAGCUUGCACUUGAGCGAGCCAAACUGAUGCCAGAGUCUGCUCUUACGGCACCCAAGGAGAAGAAGCUUACAGGAAGACAGUGGUUCGAGAGUGGCAAAGCGAGAGGAGUAGUGGUCACUGCUGAUCAAGAAUCUGAGGAGGAAGAUGAUGAAGACAUUGACUUUGAAGACGAUGACUUUGAAGAUGAUGAAGAAGACAUGCUUGAGCACUAUUUGGCUGAGAAAUCUGAUGCUUCUGCUCCCACAUCAAGGGCCUGAAGCUAGGGAGGAGCCUUAUUAUACUGAGUUUUAAAGCUCUUUUCUGGAUAGAGAUCAGGAUGCAAGAGACUGGCCUUACAUUGAGUAGCAUUCAGUCUCCACAUCCACAGUUUUCCCAGCUUUGAUCUGCUCAAGAGUACUGGAGAUUUACAUUUGUCUUUUAUCUUAUAUUAAUCACCUUCACCUUCUGUUCGUUUAUAAGAACAAAUUAUAAGAGAAUGUCGCCGAGUUCGUAACUUCUUUUGUUUAUGAUCAAAUCUCAAAAGACAAUUAAUUAAA